AUGGUGGAGCUUCCAUCUUCUGAAAACCCUGGUAGAAUUUUUUUUUUUUUUUUUUUUUUUUUUUUUUUUUUCUUCUUCUUCUUCUCUUCUUUCAUCUCUAAAUUUCUUUGGAUCGAGAAAAAGAUUGAUUCUUUCUUUCGUGGGUUCUUGAAAUCGCCGGCGAAAACCCAUAUGGAGACAGCGACGGUAGUUUCUACUCCGGUUGCGUCGGCGGCGGCGGCAGCGACGAGGAAGAGAGAGAAGCCGUAUAAAGGGAUAAGGAUGAGGAAGUGGGGAAAGUGGGUGGCGGAGAUUAGAGAACCUAAUAAACGGUCAAGAAUCUGGCUUGGCUCCUACUCUACUCCUGAGGCGGCGGCGCGUGCUUACGACACGGCUGUGUACUAUCUCCGUGGUCCUUCCGCUAGGCUUAACUUCCCGGAGCUUUUAGCCGGAGUUACGGUGGCGGGCGGUGGAGGAAACAGUGGUGGGGAUAUGUCGGCGGCGUAUAUUAGGAGAAAAGCGGCCGAGGUUGGAGCGCAAGUGGAUGCGUUAGAAGCGGCGGGGGGAAAUCGUCAUCAUCAUCAAAAUCAACAUCAACAUCAACAUCAACGCGGUAAUCAUGAUUACGGAGAUAAUCAUAGUGAUUAUCGUGUUAAUGAUGAUCAUAUGGAGUGUACUAGUAAGGAAGAGUUUAAGAGGUGUAACAACGAGUCAUGGGAACGGGUUGAUUUGAACAAACUACCUGACCCAGAGACUUCGGAGGACGAUUAGGAAAUAAAUAUAUAUCGAUUUGAUUUCACUAGCUUCCCUACUUUGUUCUUCUUCUUCUUCCUUCACUUUACCCCAAGUAAAAAAGUUGUACAAGGAAGAUUAGAGAAUGUAUGUUUUUACGAUGUGCGGCGGUUUGCUAACAUGCACCACCUCUCUUGAGUUUGUGAUUACUAAUUUACUACUACUAGUAUAA